GUAUUUCGUACAAGAAAGCCUUAAUUCUUCAAAACAAAACAAGAUGCUAACAACAGUGCUCUUUUUCUUUCUAACCUUCUCACUGGAAACAGAGCUGAGUGCUGCAGUCAGUUCUGUUGAUCGGUUUGUGCUGAAAGGAAAGUCUAUUAAUCUCGCAGUGGAAGGACUACAAACAGAGAAUGUCCGGAGACUUUCAUGGAAAGUAAACUCAACGCUUAUACUGGAGUACGACCUGAAGGAAAAGAAAGAGACGUACUUUGGCAGUUUUGAGCAGAAGACAAAUUUUAACCCCACAGACUACUCUCUGUACAUUAAGAACCUGAUGGAGGCAGACAGUGGUCUCUACUCUGCUCAAAUUCUUGACAAUAAUAGAAAAUCCACCUAUCACACCAAGUAUAACUUACAUGUCCAGGAAGCUGUACCCAAACCCAUCCUAAAUCUGAUGUUACUCCAUCUCAACUCCUCUGGAACAGUUUGCAAUGUGUCAGUGAACUGCUCAGUUGGACACAACUGGGUCUCCUGCACCUGUGAUCAGGACCAGUGUAAACAUGUGGAACUCCAGUCAGAUGUGAACAUCAGUGUUACUGCUAACAAGGGUACCAUCACCUGUACAGGCAGCAAUCUGGUCAGCAGUGAAACCCAAUCAGAAGUGAUGGAACCUCUAUGUUUACAUGCCUUUCCAGUGGUACAUUCUGGAUUCUCUUGGUGUAUAUUGAAGAUGGUGCUGUUCUCUCUGGGUUUAGCCAUAAUGAUAACAGCCGUCAUCUUUACCCACUGCAGAAAGUGAUUCGGCAGUCAAUCCAUACAAUGUGGUGAAGGCAAGAACAAAUUUCCUUCAAGAGCUUCUCUGGCCUAAGAUCCAAACAACAUCACAAUCUUCGACCUCAUGUCUUCUGACAGUUCCUCCCGCAGAGGCUCUGAAAUUCCACAAAUUUUGCCAUCCACCACAAUGUGGCAAAAUAAACUUAAUCUCUUCAUCCAGACUGUAAAAUCUCUAAUGUUCUUCAAGAAAGCUCCCAAACAUUACCUUUGUAAAGUGUACUUUAACCUGCAGCACAGGGAAGUUACUCUUGUUUUUUUAUUUGCUUAAUUCUUUUUAUUAGCAGUUACAUUGUAUUAGGUGCCAUUGCAUUAACAUGCAAUUAAACUAUACUUGUCAUUUGUGUGGCUGUAUUUGAUAUUUCUCUUUUGUU